AGCAGCGCGCAGCAACUUGAAAUACGAUGGCAUCAUUUUAUUCUAAAAAAUCUGACCGGAAGUAGUUUUUGUCAGUCUUUGCAACUUGACUCUGGUCCUCACAGGACUCGCUGAAGCUUUUUAUUCUCACACUGUAAAUUUUCCACUAACGACUCACUGGAUUGGACCGAGUCUCUAAUUUGAACAAGACACUGAUAUCAGUUUAUUACAAUUCAGCAUUUCUGACAUUCCCAGUCGUUUCUUUUUUUUAGUUGGAUCCUGUUUUUAUUUCCACAUUAUUGUUUUGGUCACUUUUUCUUUCUAUUCCGGUUGGAUUUACAAAGGGCGUGUUUGGGGCGAUCUGUACCGGGAGUUUCAUCUCAUGUACUUCUGCGACUCUGAGGAAUGACAGCGAAAGGGAAUCGGUCCGCCUGAAUGGAAACAAUGGAUUAUAAAGAGCUUGGACAUCAUUUCGGAGAGAAGCUGACGCUAACAGACAAAUCUCUUCCUCUGCAGACGGGGUUGCAGUCCAUCCAGAAUGGGGACAAGUCUUUGGGGAAGGACACUCCGAUCUCAGACGACUCAGCCGUCACAGACCUCUCCCCCAAAACAGACUCCAGCCCCAUAACAGAGACCCCCACAAAGACAGAUGCCUCCUCCAAGACGGACGGGAGGCCCCCCACCCCGGGCAGCAGCCCUCAGCCCAAGAAAGAUUUGGUGAGCUCAGAGCAACGACAGAAACUUGCCAAGGAGCGGAGGGAGGAGAGAGCCAGAUAUAUCGAACAGCAAACUCAGCUGCAAGCAGUGAAGAAGGUCCAGUGGCUGGAGAAGGAGGAGAAGGCCCGACGUCUGAGGGAGAGCCAGUUGGAGGAUCGCAGGAAGAAGCUAGAAGAGCAGAGGCUGAAGACUGAGAAACGCAGAGCUCUGCUGGAGGAAAAACAGAGACAGAAACUAGAAAAAAACAAGGAGAGAUAUGAGUCAGCAAUCAAGAGGUCGACAAAGAAGACGUGGGCCGAGAUCCGCCAGCAGAGGUGGUCCUGGGCGGGCGGACUCAACCAGACCUCCCGCAGAGAAAGCAGAUGCUCGGCCUCCACGGUCAACUUGCCAAGACAGGUGGACCCUGUCAUUAACAGCAGGCUGUCCAAGUCCUCUGCUACGCUCUGGAACUCCCCCAACAGAACCCGCAGCCUGCGUCUGAGCCCCUGGGAGAGCCGGAUCGUGGAGCGGCUCAUGACGCCGACGCUGUCCUUCCUGGCCCGCAGUCGCAGCGCCGCCACCCUCCUCAACAACAGCGACUCCUUCUCCGCCAGCCCGCUGAACACCAGCUCCCAUCACCACCCGCACCAGAACGCCGAGCGCUGGAGGCUCUCCUCCGCCAGCACGCCGGACAUCACCCAGCGGCAACGCUGGCGAAACUCCACACCGGCGGACAAAAAGAAGAAAGAGAAGAAAGACAAGGAGAGGGAGAAUGAGAAAGAGAAGAACUUGCUCACGAAAGACAAAGUGCCGAAGAAGAGACAGACGACAUCACUUACCACCACGACCCAGAGAUCCAGGCCGGAGAUCAGCACCCCGAAGCCCAAAAACAGACCUCCGUCACCCACCGCCCCCAAAAGUCGGCCCCUGUCACCCCUGGUGCCGGCAGUGGCCUCCAAGACCCCGACGUGCAAGAAGACUCCUCCCCCUGGCACCAAGACCCGACCCAAACGAGCCCAGACGCCCGCCAGGGUGCAGCCCCAGACGGUCGGCGCGGCCGCCAUGGAAACGCGCCACGAACCCCAGCAUCCCGGCGCUCCAGAGGAGAAAAAGAACUCCAGUAGUCCUCCUGCCAUCGUGGUGUCCACUGCACCGGUUACACCUCCUUCCCUCAGCCCGGCGGUUGCAUCCGAGGCAACUCCAGCUGCUCCAAACGUAGAGCCGGCUGCAGCCGCCACCCGUAAGCCUGCUCCUUCUGUUGCACCCGUCGCCGCUGCAGCUGCUGCCUCCGCCACCGGCUCCGCCGCACCGGCCAGCAGGCCGUCGGCAGGCACCAACAACCCGGAGGAGGCUGCUCGCAUCCUGGCGGAGAAACGCAGGCAAGCCCGGGAGCAGCGGGAGAGAGAGGAGCAGGAGCGUCUGGAGCAGGAGCACAGGAACAGGAUCCUCCGGGAGGAGGCGAUGGUCCGGGAUGCAGAGGAGAGGAAGCGCAGGGAGGAGGAGGCCCGAUUCAUGGCUGAGCAGCAGUGUAUCAGGGACGAAGCCCAGCAAGCUCAGGAGGUGAAAGAGGCGCAGGAGAGAGCCGUGGCCGAGCAGGAGGAGAACGAGAAGCUACAGAAACAGAGGGAGGAGGCUGAUGCCAAAGCUCGCGAGGAGGCCGAGCGUCAGCGCCUGGAGAGGGAGAAACACUUCCAGAAAGAGGAGCAGGAGCGGCUGGAGAGGAAGAAGCGCCUUGAGGAGAUCAUGAAGAGGACUCGGAAGAGCGACGCAGGAGAAAAGAAGGAUGUCAAAGCUUCUCCGCAGGUCAACGGCAAGGACACGGAGCUCAGUAAGGCAGCUGGAAACCUGCAGAGUCCCGGCGCAACUGUGUCCGGUCCUGUCGCAAACGGCGUCCAGCCCGCCGCUCACCAGAAUGGCGUCUCGGCCAACGGAGAGGCGGCCGACUUCGGGGGGAUCAUCCAGCUGAACAGCGGCGGAAACCCGCCGCAGCCUCAGAGCGGGCUGGUGGGCGAGCCCAUCCUGGCGUUCGAGGGCGGAGAGCCCUUCCUGAUGAAAACAGGCCCUAUGAAGCCUCAGCAUGUCGCAGAGGUCCUGUGAGUCCCCACACAUCUCCAUGGAGACGCGCGCCUCACGGCCCUGCUCGAGCUAUGAGAUUCAUGCCCCACCACAGCGGCUUAUGAAAAAAAAUUGUGUGCCAAAACAAACAAUGAACUGCGCUGAAUUCCCAUCAUACAGUCUGUCGGAGGAGCUCUCAUCUGAAAUAUACAAAACAUGCAACAAGAAGUAUUCUCUGUCUCCACCGCGUGUCCUGGUGCAGCAUCUGUCAAGUUUUAUUGAAAUGUCACAUGCAGAUUUUAUGGUGCACCUUAAAAAUGACUGACUGUGUAACAAAUUUUAGAAAAUACAUAAUAUUUGACAAUGGUUCUUAUUAUUACCGUCGUUGCGAUAUUGUUAUUGUUAUCUUAAGUUGAACUGUGUGUGUGUGUGUGGGUGUGUGUGUUUUUUGUUGUUGUUUUCGUCUUGAAUUAUUGAGUUAUUUAACAUGGGGAGCGUUGUAAGGACUGGCCACAGACAGUGUAUGUAAAUGUAUAAUGAGCCUGGCUGCCUAGGCCUCCUGUUACAGGGGAUCUGUGAAAUAAAGCUUUAUGAAAGGGACUGGG